GAGAUGGUUUGGUGCAGCCAAAUGGGGGCAACGCUAGUGUUCUGGAGGCUGAUUCCUGAGGGGUCAUUGGCUGGGUUAGCAUACUGGAAAGACGCAGAUCGGUAGCCUCUAAAAUGACAUUUCUCUUUUAAAAGCACUCAGCUUUUAAGCACAAAAAAGCUGCUUUUCCCCGCAUCAGCUUUAAAAAGCAUCCGGCAAAAAUGAGCCAUCCUACCCCAGGAUUCCUUGCAAACUACAACAGCCUAACAGAUAAGCACCUGGCAGGCUAUUUCAGCAACACCAGGAUUAGACGUCACCUGAAGAGAACAGGGCUGAUCUCAAAAAGUGGAAGGAUAAUAUCUGAGAAAGACUAUCAGUUAAACAUGAUGAAGAAGGAUCACCAGAAGUAUAUCCAGGACUGUUUGGCUCAGGCCAUAUUCCACAAAGUCCUUGACAUGGAACGUCAUCACCAGGUUGAAAUAAAAAGAAAACUUGAAAAUUUGAUGAAGAAAGACCGCGUUCAAAGAAUCAAGGUGGAACGAUCAAGAAGGUCAGCAGAAGAUACAAAUUUCCUGCUUUCUCCACACCCACCCACAGCACCAAAGAGGCAUUUUGGACGCCGCAAAUUAGGUGACAGAGGACAAUCAGGUCAUUUGGCUACCUAUCCUCGACCAAGCACCGCACCAGGGAACAUACAGCAUCCAGUCCGACUGCACCCACUUUACAGCAAUGCCACAGCAGAACUAAUUCUCAAGACUUCUUCCAGUUCCAGACCAAAGUUCGCAUCAUGUGAAACAGCACAUCCUUUUGCCAGUGAGGGUGAGAAAGGUUUGUUGAGACCAACAUAUUCAAUGGACUAUUCAUCUGGAAUAUCCCCAUACCAACUUCCCAUCAUUAACAAUUAUGUGAUACCUAUUCCACCUCCACCCCCCAAAAGUGAGAAGAAUAUAAAUAUAAUGAAACUUGGAUCAUCAAGAGGUCGACGAUAUCGCCCAACAACUGCACCAAAUGGCUUGGAACAAUCAUUUACAAAGGACGCAGGCAAGUUCUACAAGCCUCAAGUACACACAAAUGCAUAUGUUACCAUGAUCUAUUUGGGAAAAAGUGUGCACUUGUGCCAUGAUCUUUUUGAUUGUCGAGAUGAAAUAAAAAUAUAUCAACAGCACUGUGGAGGAGAAAAUGUUUGUGUAUACAGAGGCAAAGUGCUGGAAGGAGAUACUUUCCACUUUACUUCCAAGCGACACCAUGGCUUUCCUUUUAGCCUCACUUUUUAUCUCAAUGGAAUGCAAGUGGGCCGAUUAAGUUCUUGCUGCGAAUACAAGCAUCAGAAGGGUACUCGGCUGGGAGGCAAACAUGGACACUUUGGUUUUGUCAACGUGGAAAGAUCAUCUCCUUGUUAUAAGUGUAUCAUUGCAAUGGGUUUGGACAAAAAGCCUUUCCCACCCAAGAAAAAGAUGACUGAUGAGUAUGAAGAAAAGAGAGACUUCAGGGGGACGAAAGUGAGCUAUAAGCUAAAAGAGAAAGGCAUCAGGGCAGAGGAGAACAAAGACUCGGUAUCCACGACUUCUUCUUCACUUCCUGAAGAAGAAAGAGAGUUUGUAGGCAGCUCCAUGGAAAUGGAGACAAAAAGAAUAAAAGGAGCCAGAAUUAAAUGGGAAAGGAGUCCAAGGAGUAUCUCUAAUUAUGCAUAUGAUGAUGAUUUUGAAGCAGAUGAAGAGAAAUCAGAUGAGAAAGUUAAUGAAGAAGGACAGGCUGAUGAUCAAAUGAAUGGAAUGUCAAAGUCACCCUCAGAUGAUGAAAAAGAUAAUUUAGACCAUGAAAAGGAGAGUAAAAACUCAUCACAGAAAGCUUUGCCGGCCUCGGACAGUGAACGAGAUGAAAGUGAUGGAUACUUAGAGAGUGACUCGGAGGAGGAUAAACAAGACAGGAAGUGUGUGCCAUCUCUUUCGUCCAGCAGCAUGGUGUAUAGCAGUGAAAAUUAUUCUGACCAUGAAACAAGAAAGCAAGAUGAUGAUAAAGACAAAUCUGACAUACAUUCAGAUUAUGACAAUGAAAUCCAAAGGAAGGAAGACCAAGAAACUAGUUUGGAGGAAGAGGAGGACAUAAGUGAAGCAGAAAAAGCAAUAGACAAAAAUCUGUCCAGUACUCCUCAUGAAAAUUUAAUAGAAACCAGCCUUGAGGACAUUACUUUGGUUAGGGAGACAUCCAAGCAUAAAGAGUCAGAUUUGGAAGGCACCAUUCCAGAAGUGGAGCACAGAAGCAAGGAACUUUUAGAUUCUGAAGACAAAGGUGAGUGCAAAUCAGUCAAAGAGAAAAUAGCUGAAGCCAUCAAAAAGGAUCACCUCUUGAGUUCUGAACCUGAAGAUAGUGAUUCCAGUACAGAGGAAGAGGAGAACAUAAUUUGUGUUCAAGAUAAAGAUGAAGAUGGAGCUUCUUUGGCAGAAGAAUUGAAAACGCUUGAAUCACAGAAGGCUACAGAGCAAAUGGAACAAGACAAGCAGAUGGUGGGCAAGGAAAGAACACUUGAGGAAGACAAGCUUCUAACUGAGGAAGGCCUUAGAGAAGCAGCUCUGGAAAAAGAAUUAUCAGCCAAAAAUGUUGCAGCUCUUAAAGUUAAACAUGAGGUAAAGAAUGAGCAAGAAGAGACAGAACUGGAGAAGGCAGCAGUAGUUGAAUUGGAUCUGGAAAUGGACAGUGCAGAAAAAGAUCUAAUACAUGAAGAAGGAAAAUCAUAUGAGGGGAAGGUACAAGUGGAAGAUCUGAAUGAGACAGAAUUAGGAGACAAAACUUGUAAAAGGAAGGAGAUACGGGAGUGUUACCAGGUAGAGAGGAAGGAAGCAGAGGGGCAGAAGUUCACUUAUGGGUUAAUGACUAAUGAGGAAGCAUCGGAUGGAGAGGAAGUUGCAGAAGAUUUUGGGGGAACAGCUGCAGUUUUGGAAGGUGUAGAAGCUACAAAAUUAGAGGGAAGAAAGGCUUUCGAGAAGGAAGCAUGUUGGGUAAAGGAGGUUGUAGAAGAAACAAUUGAGGUAGAUGUGGUUAUGGAAAAUGCAUUUAUGGCAAGGAACUCUGUGGCAAAGAAAGGUAAAGAAGUUGAAUUUGAAGGCUAUGAAACUCUGAAAAAGAGUAAACAUGAGGAAGAGUCUGGGGGAAAAGGAAAUAUAAUAGAAAAUGGCAGUGCAGAAGGCAGGUUUUUGAAGGGAGUAUAUGUAAAUAUAGAGCUGAAAAGUGAUUCAAUUAUGGAGACACGACUUUUAGCACCAGAAUUAAAAGAUGUCAAUAUUAUCACAGUAUACAAAUCAGAAAUCUCAGAAGAAUCAGUACCUGGUGGGAAUGGUCUUGUAAGGGAAGUUUCAUCUAACCAGAAAGAUUCAGAGGAAGAACGAGAAGAAAUAUCUCAAGAAGUGAGCAAAAUGAAAAUUCUGUCUACCAAUGAAGACAUGGCACUAGAAAAACUAGGGAGUUGGAUGGAAGAACCUUUACUGAAUUGGGAAAUUGAAAGGGGCCUUUCACUAACAGAAGAAGAAAAUAAGGAUUAUCAGUCAAUAAUAACUGAAAGAGCAGAGAAAGCAGAUAAGCCCAAUGUUGAAAGAGAUGCACAAAAAGAAAUAAUUGUUGAAGGUCAGCUAUUGGUUAAGGCAUCUAUACAGAAGGAAGAGAAUCUAAUGCAAGCUGUGCAAGAGGAAGUUGGAGAGGUAUUGAUAGAUCAGGUGCCCAAAUCCAAAGUGGUGUGUCCAAAAAGGAAACUGGUAACUAAGAAAGAAGACCUUUUUUCUGAAGGCGCAAUUGAGCCAGAAGCCAUAGUAAUGGUGACUGAAGAAAUGAUAAUGAGCACACAGUCAGAAGGAGAGAUUGAUGCUGAAGAGUCAGAGAAGGAAGGAGAGGUUAUGAUUAAAGGGAAGGUGCAAGAUGUAGAGACAACAGAAGAAAGAAUGGGGGUACUUAAACUGCAGGAGGAAGCUGAAGAAGUGGUUGGUAGUAAAGGGGUGGAAGUUGAAGAAGCAGAGGUGGAAAGAGACAUGGUGGUUAAAGGGAAGGUGGAUGCUGAGGUGUCUGAAGUAGGGAAAAAGAUGAUAUUUAAAAGGAAAGUGCAGGCUGAAGAGACAGAGAUGGAAAAAGAGGCAUCAGUUAAAGGGAAGGUGGAUGCUGAGGUGUCUGAGGUAGGAAAAAAGAUGAUAUUUAAAGGGAAAGUGCAGGCUGAAGAGACAGAGAUGGAAAAAGAGGCAUCAGUUAAAGGGGAGGUGGAUGCUGAGGUGUCUGAGGUAGGAAAAAAGAUGAUAUUUAAAGGGAAAGUACAGGCUGAAGAGACAGAGAUGGAAAAAGAGGCAUCAGUUAAAGGGGAGGUGGAUGCUGAGGUGUCUGAGGUAGGAAAAAAGAUGAUAUCUAAAGGGAAAGUGCAGGCUGAAGAGACAGAGAUGGAAAAAGAGGCAUCAGUUAAAGGGGAGGUGGAUGCUGAGGUGUCUGAGGUAGGAAAAAAGAUGAUACUUAAAGGGAAGGUUGAGGAUGAAAAGCCAGAGAUAGAAAGAGAGGUGGCAGGUAAUGUGAAGAUGGAUACUGAAGAGGCAAAGGAAAAGGUAAUUAAAGGGAAGGUGGAGGGUGAACACUUAGAGGCAAGAAGAGAAGUAGAUGCAAGAUCUAAAGAAGAAAUGGUUUCUGAGGUGAGCACAAUCACAGGACAAAGCAUCGAAGUUGUGACUGCAGAUAUGGUGACAGAAACAAAGCAAGUAUCGGAAUCAUCUACACAAAAACAAGGAGCUAGAGGAGAGGACCAUGAAGACAGAAAAGGCAAUGCAACAAGACUUGAAGAUGAAGUAAAAAUAACAACCGAUGACACAUUAAAAGACGCAUCAGUUGAUGUGCUGUUGGUACCUGUUGCAAAUGAGGAAGAAGCCGAGAAAGCAGGGACAGAGGAAGAAAGACUGAGAGAAGAAAUAAUCCCUGUGAAGUAUGUUGAGGAAGCACUGCUGUUUGGGAUACAAAAGCUAAUCACUGAAGUAUCACAGGUUGGUGUGGAAGCUGUUGAAAAUGGGUUUGAAGAUUUGGUAGAGGAAAUGUCAUCUCAUGAGAAUACCCCAAGGGAGGACAUUUUCAUGGCUGUAGUAGAAGAAAGGCAGUUUUUUCAGAGUGAUAGCUCUGAGGAGAGAGAAACCGAAGAGCUUUUGGGAGUGAUCCAUGUGGAGAAAAAAGAGAGAAGUGGAAGGAGCCCAAUAAAACAGGAAAAAUCUCAAAUAGAAAAUUCUUCAGCGACAGAAAGCUUUCCUAUGAACACACAGCGUUCUGAAAGUGAGCAGCAGCAAGACAUCACUGCACAAAUGAUAUAUCUAGAGGCUCAUACAUCCUCUGACUUAGAUGACAGGAACUAACAGUGAAGAAUGCACUGGGAUUCAAUGCUCCAUUCUGGUCAUCAUUGCAGUCCCAAGAAAUAGCGGGGAUGGGGACUCACCUGGGUCUCCACUUCUCCUGCUUGGACUUCCUGCUUUCCAUUAUUAUUGUUAUUAUUAGCAACUUUUUAAGAAGUCACUAUAGAUUGGUGCUGACUGGUAUAUCUGCUCUCUUCAUUCUUUCUUUUCCUUGAUGAAUAGCAUAAAAGUUUGUCACUUUGCACCAGAACAGCUCGAAACAAGCCACUCCAACUCCUUUUCAGAAAUAGCACUCCUUUGUAAUUAUGAAGAUAAUAAUCAUGAAGCUCCUCCAACAGCUGCCACAUUUUUCUUUUGGAAAACUGAGAAUUAUUGCUUUAAUGGAACUUUACCCCUGCCCCUCCCCCCAAAAAACCUCUUCCCAGCUAAUUGUAGUGAUGGAGAGGGCCACUGGAGAAAUUUGUGUGGGAUAAUAAAGCACCUGCAAGGCGAUUUGAGAACUGUA